UAAACACGGAAGUUGCGUUGCUUCAGCGCUUUCUUUUCAUGUGCUCAGGGCAAUUUUGUUCAACUAGCUAUUACAACAAUAUUCUAAGAGCAUUGUAACACUCCUUACACAUACCAGUUUGGUUCUAAAUGCUUAUAAACGCGUCCAUGCAGAGAGAGAAGGAAUACAGCAACCAUUUUGACUGAAAAUGCUAAGGGAGGUAGUGUUGGCUACAUACCGUUAGCUUAGCAGGUUUCUGAAAGGCAUGGCAGAUAGAAAAGAGAAAACAUUUCGGUUUGUGAUCGUGGGAGGUGGCAUCGCGGGUGUGACAUGUGUUGAGCAGCUAUCAUCCCAGAUCUCGUCAGCUGACGUGGCUCUGAUUACAGCAGGCCCCCACAUCAAGGCCGUGACCAACUAUAAACAGGUGUCCAAGACACUGGAAGAGUUUGAUGUGGAGGAGAGACCGUCCAGUAUUUUGGAGGAGAAGUUUCCCAACCUCACUAUCAUCCACUCUGCUGUCAAAUCAAUUCACACGCAAUCACAUACUGUGGAAACUACAGAUGGCCGAGUAUUUGGUUAUGAGAAGCUGUGUAUCUGCAGCGGGGGCAGACCCAAGCUCUUAACCCAGGACAACCCUUAUGUCCUGGGGAUACGGGACACAGACAGCGCCCAGGAGUUUCAGAAGCGGUUAGCCAAGGCUAAGAGAAUUGUUGUUGUUGGUAAUGGAGGGAUCGCCCUGGAAUUAGUGUAUGAGGUGGAGGGCUGUGAGGUGAUCUGGGCUGUGAAGGACAAGGCCAUAGGAAACACCUUCUUUGAUGCCGGGGCGGCACAGUUCCUUAUCCCAUCACUGGAGGCGGACAAACCAGAAAAAGCUCUACCCUGUAAAAGAACUCGAUACACCACGGAGGAACCGGCACCUGGAGCGUCCCAGACCUUCACAGCAGAUAGGAAUGCACGAAGGCAUGGUUGUGGUCCUACAGAGGCUGGCAGUGCCCUCGGUCCAGAUUGGCAUGAAGGAAUAGUUCUAAGAGGAGCAGAGCAGGUGUCCCACAGAGUUUCACUGGAAUACCAGUGUGAGGUGAAACAGAUCUUCACCUCUGAGGAGCUGCUAAAUUCCCCUCAACAAACACUCAGACCUGAGAAUGUAGGAACCUGGCCGGUUUACAUCCAGCUCACCAAUGGCAAAACAUUUGGCUGUGAUUUUGUAGUCAGUGCCACUGGUGUCGUGCCAAACACUGAGCCUUUUCUCCAUGGCAACAGUUUUGCACUGGCAGAUGAUGGUGGCCUGCAGGUAGAUGAUCACAUGAUGACAUCAGAGCCAGAUGUGUAUGCUGCGGGAGACGUGUGCACUGCAUGCUGGGAACACAGCCCACUGUGGCAGCAGAUGCGCUUAUGGACUCAGGCCCGUCAGAUGGGCUGGUACGCCGGACGCUGCAUGGCGGCACAGGUCCUGUCAGAACCCAUAGAACUGGACUUCUGCUUCGAACUCUUCUCGCACAUUACAAAAUUCUUCAACUAUAAGGUGGUCCUGCUGGGGAAGUUUAACGGCCAGGGGCUGGGGCCCGACCAGGAGCUGCUGGUGCGCUGUACUAAAGGCCAGGAGUAUGUCAAGGUCGUUCUCAGUGGAGGUAGGAUGGUUGGAGCGGUGCUGAUCGGGGACACAGACCUGGAGGAGACCUUUGAGAACCUGAUCCUCAACCAGAUGGAUCUGACCCGGUACGGAGAGGAGCUGCUCAACCCCAACAUUGAUAUAGAGGACUACUUUGAUUGAACAUGUGGAGCCUGAAGAACAUCAUAGUUUUUGUUGUCAGUGAGAAGAAACUGUCUGAUGAAGUAGCGAAUAUUCUUAUUAAGACUUAAAUUUAAGGAUGUAUUUUUGCUUUAAAUUAAAUUAUUUUCAAAACAG